UGGAGGACCCUCCAGCUUCCUAGAAAGGAGGAAACGGAAGUGGUGAAAACAUAACCCAGGAUGUAAACACUGGAAAGCCCCGUUUCCUGUUCCAUCCUCUUUCCCCUUCCCCCCGGAAACCGAUUCUCUUUUUUUGGUGUGGGGCUAUGCCUUUAGAAGAAAUCCCCUUUUCUGGGCAUCUACGGAAAUAUUUGGAGACUGUCAGUGUCCUGCGGAGGAAUUGCCACCAGCCUGCAGAUGGAAGACCCGCUAGGCCUCAGACUGGUGGAAGGGUCAGAGGGAUCUGGGGAAAAUGCUCAUGUUACCCAGAAAUACCCAAGAAGGACGCCACAUUCGCAGCAAAAGGUGAAACAGGAGCCAAAGGAAGGGAUCCUUCAGUGCUGGGAAGCCCAGUGGCAGCAGUUCCUGAAGGAAGUGGAGUCUCCUCACUCGGCGUGGGGGAUCCCACAGUGGCCAGAGGAGCCCACCCCCUGGCAUGACGCCAAGGCCUUCUUCGCCUCCUUUGAGCAAGUGGCCAAAGCCUGCCAGUGGCCCAAAGAGGAGUGGGUGGCUCGACUCCUGCCGGCACUCAGCGGACAGGCCAAAUGGGCUUUUGGCAGCUUGGAGGCAAGAGACAGAGAGGAUUAUGGGAAAGUCAAGGCGGCCAUCUUGCACGGGGACGCCAUCAGCAGGGAGAAGCAGCGCCAGCACUUCCGGCGCUUCUGCUACCAGGAGGCUGACGGUCCGAGAGGGGCCUACAGCCAUCUCCAGGAGCUCUGCCACCGCUGGCUGAAAGUGGAGAGGCACACCAAGGAGCAGAUCCUGGAGCUGCUAAUCCUGGAGCAGUUCCUGACCAUCCUGCCAUCAGAGAUCCAGAGCUGGGUCAGGGAAUGCGGCCCGGACAGCUGUUCCCAGGCGGUGGCCCUGGCGGAGGAUUUUCUACAGAGGCAGAAGGAGACAGAGAGAUGGGAACAGCAGAAGGAGCCUCUGCUGGGUAAGGAGGGUGCUGUUGGUUUCUUAGGAACAGAGCAAAUUUCUGUGCUUCCAGCCCAGACGCAGCCACACAGAGAAGCAAAGGAGGAGAAUGACUGUGGUGACAGCCUGCUGGAUUACAGGCAAACGAAUGAGCACAACGAUUUGCAGGCAAGGCCCAAGCCAGUGGAGUUUCAUCGGGCGCCCCAAAGGAGGUCCGUUGAUUGCAGUCCCCGGGGUCCUGAGCAGGGGCAAACUGCCCCGAAGGAGCUCAUACCCAAAACCAAACAGGGAAACCACAUCCGGAACAGAUUGGUGGUGUCUGUUUCCCCCGCAGCAAAUGGAAAGAUCCUCGUCGAAAGCCCACUGCCCCAGACGCAGAAGAUGUGUGUCACGUCUGGGGAGGACUUUGGACAGGACUCGGGCGAAAACGCUCCGGAGAGGCCCUACCACCGGUGCUCCACCUGCGGGAAAACCUUUGGCCAGAGCUCGCACCUUCUCUUCCACCAGAGGACCCACGACGUGGAGAAGCCGUACAAGUGCACCCAGUGCAGGAGCAGUUUCCACUCGCGCCAGGGCCUCAUCUACCACCAGCGGAGCCAUGCGGGCGAGAAGCCCUACAAGUGCUCCUUUUGCGGGAAGACCUUCAGCCAGAGCUCCCACCUGCUGGUGCACUGCAGGAGCCACACGGGGGAGAAGCCCUUCAAGUGCCCUGCCUGCGGGAAGUGCUUCAGCCGGAACUCGCUGCUGACUGUCCACGAGAGGACCCACACGGGGGAGAAACCCUACAAGUGCUCACAGUGUGGGAGUAGGUUCCACUCGGGAUCAGGGCUCAUCAACCACAAGAGGAUCCACACCGGUGUGAAGCCCUACAAGUGUGCCGAGUGCGGGAGGGACUUCAUCCGCAAAGCGCACCUCGCCAGGCACCAGAGCGUACACAGUGAAGACAAGGCGGGCACCUGACCCUCCUGUCUUUCCCCCUGGGACGGGUGGGAAGCCAGUGAGAGCCAGUGUGGUGUCAUGGUUAAGAGCGGUGGACUCGUAAUCUGGGGAACUGGGUUCGCUUCCCCGCUCCUCCACAUGCAGCUGCAGGGUGACCUUGGGCUAGUCACACUUCUCUGAAGUCUCUCAGCCCCACUCACCUCACAGAGUGUUUGUUGUGAGGGGGAAGGGAAAGGAGAUUGUGAGCCGCUUUGAGAGCCUAGGACUUGCUGAUCAGAAGGUCGGUGGUUUGAAUCACCGUGACGGGGUGAGCUCCCAUUGCUC